AUGUUUCGGUUUAGAUUUCAUUUGACUACUUUUACUUUAAGCCUCCUUUUUCCAGUUAAAGAACAAAUUUUUCUUUUGGCUUUUCAUCAAAUUCAUCAUCAUCAUCUUCAUCCUGUCUAGUUUCGAUGUAUUCUUAUAUUAAUUAAUUUUGGAAUUGGCUGUAGUCGGCUCUUUCUUUUUCAAAUUAAUGAAUUAAUUUUUCUUCAAUAUCCAUUUCGCUGGCAUCGUUGUGAUUAACGAAAUUAUUUUCAUCAGGAAUAGAAGCAAAUUCAUCAUUGUUAAUUGGAGAAUUGUUGGAUUUAUUUAAUUUCUUUUUUUCACUAUUUUAAAUCAUCUCAUUUAAACGUUGCAAAUUUUAUUGAAGAACUUCGUUUAGAGGGCCAUCUUUUGGGGGACCUUCUACUUAAGAAUCUUAUAUCUGUGACUAGGUAUCCAUUUUAUUCUUUUACAUAUCAAUCAUAGGAGAUUUAGAAGGGGAGUAGACGUUCUUUAUAGAUGAGCUUUUAGGUGUUUACUUAUUAUAUCCAAAUACUUGAUACAUGUAUUUUCCAAAGUCUUUUUUCUUCAAUUUGA